GCUUUAUGGAGUCUGUACCUGACCUGGAAACAGAAGACGUUUCUUUUGUUCAGCUAAAAACAACCUAGAGUCAGAGAAAGAUGUUCUGAACAGACAGAAGGUGACUCAGACAAUCAUCAUGAUGAGUUUACAACGCAUCAGCUGAAAGGCAUCUUCACCAGGUUUUUGUGCCGCCUUUAAACAGCUGAAGACACAAACUGUGCUGCUUCUCAUGGCCGACGGCUCCACAGAUCCCUCAUUUAUCCUCAAUGUCACAGAAAAUAGCACCUCCAAAGCUGUGCAGGUGGCAAAGGUGAUGAAGUGGCUGACUUUUUGCAUCGGGCUGCCCGCCCUUGGACUGGCUCUUUACACUCUCAAGAAUCUGUCUAAAGGUGACAACAAGGUUCCUAUGCACAUCAUAUUCCUCCUGGUGUCAGACGUCAUCAGUUUCUUUGGUCGCCCUGCUGUGGAUCAGAGCCUGGAAACUGACCCAGUCUUAUCAACCAAUGGCACUGACAUCAUCUUUUACUUUGGGGUCAUUUCCAAUAUCACCCUCAUGUUGUUUAUAGCUCAGGAGCGCCACCUGCUGGUGGCCUACCCACAGUGCCUCGGCUGUUGCACCAGCUUAAGGCAGUCCCCUGUGGUGACCUUGCUGGCAUGGGCCAGCCCUUUUGGCAUACUCACCCUUGCUGUAAUGCACCAAGAUUUCUGGUUCGCCAUCUCUCUCCUCGCUCCUUUUCCUUUCCUCCUCUUUUUUGCCAUGGAUUCCUGGAGGGCAUUACACUGCUCCCGAUCCCAGUCUCCUAGCCCAGAGAGGAGGAGGACAGUGUGGGGGAUCUGGGGAAUCUGGGCCAGCUACACUUUCCUCUACUCUCCGUUUAUCAUCAGUGUCCUCUUAGAGGCUCUGUCUUUCAAAGAACAGGUGCAAUACCUGGGGCUGGUUUCUCACAUGCUGCUCUACCUCAGUCCACUGGUGGACCCCUUCCUUUAUAUAUUUAUGACCAAGGGUCCAAAGGAGGCUCUUCAAGCUCUACCCUGCUGUAAAAAAUUAAGGCGCAAAGAGAACACGGCACCAACAGUGGAAACUGUGGCUGAAACUGUAGAAACAAGAUUUUAAAGACAUGCAGCUUGGAUGGAUUUGGGGAAUUUUUGAACUCUAUUUAUGAAUAACGGAACCCCUGCUGGUCUUCAUUAUGAAAUCAAUAAAAUUCAGUGGAGGACAAUUCAAUGUAUGAGGAGUACAACUGCUGCUCAUCAACUGAUGUCACAAAAACUUGAGCAUCAGGAACAAAACCUACUUUAGGCUGGCACAUAAGCAUCAACUUUGUAAUGAAACAUCAUUAGCUAAAGAUCGGUUCUUUUACAUCACUUUCUACUCACUGUGUUUCUGGUUUUAUUCUUUCUUGGGUUUUUCAAUACCCAGUAGUCCUGGUUUAUGAUCUUAGACCAAUUUGAUUAAAAACAAAAAUACUUUUUGCAAACAUCAACAAACACUACCAGAUGCCUUGGGUCACCCUGCUUGAUUAAAUUAAAUCAAUUAAAUUUAGGUUUUCCAAUCCCCUUGAUAGUCACACAAGCCGUAAACCAGUACAUAGGGAUGGACACUUCUUCUAUGUGGUAUUGUGUCUGGCACAUUUAGGCAAAAUUAUUAUUUUCAUAUGUAAUUAAUUUAUUUACCGUAUUGUGGCACUUUUCAGCAUCCAUAGAACUGAUCUAAAAUGGGGGGAAAAAAUGGCCUUCACUUGUAGUUCUUUCUUUGUCUAGAAAUCUGAAAGGCAAAUAUGUGGUGUAGAAGUUGCUAAAUUACCAGCCCUAAAAUGCAUUGUGUGUUUCUUUUGUUUUUUGUUUUGAUGGAUGGAGGAUCAUUGUAUGGGUCUCCUUUGCUAGUUAAGGUAACUAACAUGGCAUAGUCACAUGUCAGUGACAGAGGGGCACAACCUUGUCAGCUGUCCAUGGCCCAUUGAGCCCUCCAACCAUCAACUUGUGGUCAAGAAUCUGUUUUUCCAAACAGGCCUAUGAAGAAAUACAGAAUAUUUUGUUGUACAAAAAACCUAUGGUUUCUAUUUAUUCAUUUUUGUUAUUGUCUUUGCAGUUGUGGAAAAAAAAAAACAAUCCAGGAGCAAUUUCUGACUCAUACUAUAUUAAACUAUUAAAUGUUUGGUGCA